CAGACCAUUUCGUCAAACUUGAAUUGUCUCUCUCCCGCAACCAAACAACCUCACCUCUCCACUCCUCAAUUGAGCAGCCAAAAUGUUCCUGCAGCGAUCCGCAGUCGCAGUUGCGCGCCGAGCUGCCGUCUCGCCUCUGGUGCGCCGCACCUUGACGACCACUGCUGUCCGCCGCGAUGCCGUCCAAGAUGCGUCGGCCCAGUCGGCCAAGAUCAAGACUUUCUCGGAGAUAAAGUCCAGCACCGACCUCGUGGGCCCCGGCGCGAAGCCCGGCACCGUCCCCACCGAUAUUGAGCAGUCGACGGGUCUGGAGCGCCUGGAGAUCCUCGGCAAGAUGGAGAGCGUCGACAUCUUCGACAUGCGCCCCCUCGACUCCUCGCGAAAAGGCACCAUGGAGAACCCCAUCCCCGUCCGCUCGGCUGGUGACGAGCAAUAUGCUGGCUGCACCGGCGUCCCCGCCGAUUCGCACGUCGUUACCUGGCUUGGUAUGUCUCGCGAGCGACCGAUUGAGCGAUGCCCCGAGUGCGGCAGUGUCUACAAGAUGGAGUAUGUCGGACCCACCGACGACGGCCAUGGCCACCACGACCACCACGGAUUCGAGGAGCCUAAGACAUUUGCCAACUUCGUCAAGCCUCAGUACUGGUAGGAAUGGGCACAAUGGGUCUGACGGAAGUUGGCUCAAGGGCGAUGAAUAUGCGGGGUUUGUUGGAGAGGUGAACUUGUAGAUUAAGUCGAGGAGGAAGGCAAGGUUGCUUUAUAGAAUUCCUGUUGUGUCACUCAUUGUGGCACCAUACUUCAUCUCCCGAGAGACAUGCUUCCUUAGUUGCUAACCACCUGGUAUAACACUGCCCACCUUCCCCA